GUUUCCUUAUUUGAACUCUGACCUCUGAGCUUGUCACUGGUCGGAUUGCCCAGGAGUAACAAUAAAAAUCAAAGUAAUGCAGAUAAUGACUAACUUGACAGGGCUUUGUUUACUAAUGUAACAACAGCUACUCUUCAUAUUUGAUGGUAUUCAUGGACGAUAUUCCGACGGAUACCUCCGCAAUGGCUUUAUUUAUGUGCUUUUUGCUUUCACUGGAACGUGUUAUGCUAAUUUGCUAACGAGUUAGCCCGCUACGUGCUGACAUCGCCUAUAAUGCUAACUUCAACCCAUCGACGUGAAGUUCCAAUAGCAUCCGCAUUUGUACCAUUGCGUAAAACUGAUGACCACCGAGGUUUGGAUUGUCCGGAAACAAUGGCGCUACUCCUUUCCUUUCUUGUUUUCACGGACAGCCAAUUUUUGAUUGUUACGCUACAAGCAGCUCUCAAGAACCUCAUAAUUGGAGUCUUGCUAAUCUGAGCUAGCCAGCGUUUUCACUCGGACGCCCUUCCGAGUGAAGAUUGAAGUUCAUUAAAAAGUUCAUUGGACAUUACUUCGAAUCCAGACGAGGGUAAUUUCGCUCGUGUUUUCAGGACGUGAAAAAGUUUCGAGUAAAUAUGGCUAAUGUCACGGAUCUGCAGACAAAAUACAGCAGGCUGGCACAGGAGUACUCCAAGCUGCGUGCCCAGAACCAGGUGCUGAAGAAGGCAGUUGUCGAUGAGCAGGCCACCUCAACUUCCCUCAAAGAGCAGGUGAAGCAGAGGGAUCAGAGCCUGAGGAAACAGGAGCAGGAGAUGGACAGCCUAAGCUUUCGGAACCAGCAGCUGGCCAAGAGGGUGGAGCUGCUUCAAGAAGAGCUGACUGCUUGUGAAACUAAGGGCAAAAAGGCAAAGAAUAAAGGAGAUUCGCCUUCACACCACGGUGUGCGGACACAAAGUGUUUUUGAUGAGGAUCUGCAGAAAAAGAUAGAAGAAAAUGAAAGGCUUCACAUUCAAUUUUACGAGGCAGAUGAGCUCCACAAGAAGCAGGAAGCUGAGAUGAGGGCACAACUAGAAGAGUUGGAGAGGGACUCGCAACAUCACCAGGCUAUUGUGGAUGGACUCACCAUCAAGUACACAGAAAUCAUUGAAAGGCUGCAGAGUGACAAGGCACGAUUGGAGGUUAAAACACAGACUCUGGAGAAAGAGGGAAAAGUUUGCCGAUUGAGAACAGAGGAAUGUCAACAGCAAUUAAGACGAUGCCAGUCAGAACUCAACAGGCAAUUGAAACAAAGCAGCAGCGUCAUCCAGGAAAAAGUGCCGUUUCAUGACACCAAAUUUAGUGAUUACAACUGUCUAAAUGUGCCAGCACACAAUCGAAGACAUCAGCUUAAAGCCAGGGAUGUGGCUGGCCAAGCCUUGAGCUUCAUUCAAGACCUGGUGGCUGGUCUUCUGAACUUCCAUUCAUACACUGAGCAGAGAGUCCACAUCUAUCCCCUGGACUCUUCUAUUGAACCCAUUUCUCCUUUGAAUCAGAAGUUUUCUCAGUAUCUGCACGAGAAUGCGGUAUAUGUGCGCCCUCUGGAGGACAGCUUUUUGCAGUUACACCAAAGUAUCACUGAAGACACAGUCACUGUGCUGGAGACUGUAGAUAAACUGAAGAAUUUCAGUGACAAUUUCUCCUCUUAUACCAAUUUUUUACAAAAGCUUCUCCCUUAUCAACUAAAAAGCCUAGAGGAGGAGUGCCAGACACCACUUUGUACUACUGCUCUUGCAGCAAAGAACCAGGAGCUGCAGAAUGAUGUGAAGAGAGUCACUGCAGUGUUUGACAAACUACAGAGCUACAUUAACCUACUGACUUUACCUAGUGUACGUCCGGAUGGUAUGCCACAAAGUAGCAACUCCGCAGUCUUCACUCAGCUGUCGGCAUGCUUACACAGUCUUAAUGAUGCUGUUAAAGAAAUGUCAAAGCACUACAACCAGAAAGCAAGCUUGGAGCAGGAGCUCCCAACAGCCUCACAAAAACUCUUCACCACCACAGAGUGUCUGCUAGGCUCCCUUGGCUCACUGACCAACAGCACUGGCAAGAUUGCUACAUUCUUUAGUAACAAUUUGGAUUUCUUCACGUCAUCGGCGUACAGUCCCAGAGGGAGCACAGCAUCUCUUAACCCUUUACAAGCUGAGACUAUGCUCUCAAAUAAAAAGAAAGCAGCUUCUUACAUUGACAUUCUUCAAAAGCCAAGGCCAGAGUCCAUUCCCUAUAGGGAGGCGCUUUCCAAUCGCCAGGUACUCACUAGUUCGACUGAGAGUAGAGAAGGUCUUACUCAACAGGUGCAACAGAGUCAGGAAAAGAUUGCACGUCUAGAGCAAGAAAAAGAACACUGGCUCUUGGAAGCUCAGCUGGGUAAAGUGCGGCUGGAAAAGGAGAACCAGCGUAUUUCAGACCUGGAAGCGCAGCUCGCUAUGGCCCUCGGGGCAGGUCAGAACGCGAGGACUAGUACACUGACACAGAACCACGAGGAAGUAGAGGCAUCUGCAGCCAAGGAAACUAUGUGCACCAGCCUGGUUGGCAUGUUGUGUACCGUGCCAGCAGCUGAGCAUGUGGGAGAUGAAGAAUCCAGGGAGCAGUUGAUAAAAACUCACUACAUGACAAGAGUAAGAGAGCUCACAACUCAGCUCCAGGUGUCAGACAGCAAAGCAGUCCACUUCCACUCUGAGUGUCGCGCUUUGGCCAAGAGAUUAGCCAUUGCCGAGAAAUCGCGAGACGCUGGACGCGAUGAGAUGAAACGGGCCAGUCAGAACAUCACACACCUGCAGGAUGAACUGAGCACGACCAAAAGGAGCUAUGAAGACCAACUCAGCAUGAUGAGUGACCAUUUGUGUAGUAUGAACGAGACGCUGAGCAAACAGAGAGAGGAAAUCGAUACACUCAAACUGGGAAACAAGGCAAAUUCAAAAAAGAACAAAAGUCGCUAGCUGCACAUGUUUGAAAAACACUGCCUUCAGUUGGGAUGAUGAGCACCUUGAAGUCACUAUGGAGCCACCUCACACCCCACCCUCUGUGUCAACCCGAUACCAUGAGCACCAUACCACCAAACCCGUAUCUCAAGAAAAGCAUCCAAAUCCUCCACACUUUAUGAACACUGUGGCAUUACAAACUCUCAAUACUGACUGAAGAGGCCUUUUUCAUCCUGAUGACAGUAUCACAAAUUGUGCCGGAAGCUGCUUGACCUUUGGCCAAAGCAGGAUAGGAGAGGAACUGCUUGUUCUAAAUGGACCACAGGAAGUGGAUAAAGUUUGCUGACUUGAAGACCAAGGCCUAUUGCUCAAUCAGCUUUUCCCCCUGUUUUGUGUGUGAAAAGGAAAAACAAAACUGUUGUUGCUGCUUAUUGAACACAAAAUGUCAGUGAGGCUGUUUUUACAUGCACCUAUUGCUUCACGCCUUUAUUGUAUAACCCUUCUAACUUGCAUAAUCUAAGAAGGGCUUUCAAUGAUCAACCAACAGCUAAACACUUGAAUCCAUCAAUUAUUCUGGACAGUUCUCUUAAGAGGACAAAAAAUGUAGACUUAAAACCACUGACUGAUUAACUGUUUACAUGGAAGAAAAAGUCUACGCACGACAAUUUGAAGCUUGAAAUGCAUACCCUUUGAGUGUGUGGUCUUUCUUUGCAACAGUAGUUAUUUUUGUUCCCUAAAGUACCAAAAUAGUUGUGGAUUUGCCUUCCUUUUUGGAUGUUGCAGCUUCAAUACGUAUUGGGAUUUGCAAUUCUUUUUAACCGUACAUUUAUUAUGUAUAUUGAAAUAUGAUUUGUUUCUAAUGUUAAAUACAAACAUACAGUAUAUAAAAAGUAUCCAUUCCUCUACCUACAAACAUUUCUUAUAAAAUGUGAAAUCUGUACCUACUUAUUUUGGGUGUGUCUCAUAAAGUUUGUAUAAUGUGAUUCAUAGAUUGCUUGGACUCUUGAACUGUUGCUUAGACAAGUUGGUUCGUGCAGUGUGAAAUUUGCAGCUGCAGUUAAGUUUUGGCUUGUUGUGACAUGAGGUAAGUCAAGGAAUCCUCAAGUUGGUUGGCUCACCAGUCUUCUUUUGGGUGACGGGAUUUGCCAACUUUCUUUGAAGGAAAGGACUGUUCUAGUGUACUCACGGUGUAACAUUCUCAAAAGCUCACAAUGUGUGAGAAUCCGAAUAAAGAACUAUU